AUGUGGGCUGAAGUCAAUGGAGAGCGCAAAAAGGUCGCCUGUGGUCCCUGUAUUCGAGGUCACCGCUCGUCCAAAUGCGACCACAGAGACCGAGUGCUUGUUGAAGUUCGAAAGCCUGGGCGGCCUUUGAGCAGCUGUCCGCACCCAACUGGUUCAUGUAGCUGCGCCCGCGUCGUUAUCAACUACACGAUUCCCAAGUCUAAUGAAUGUGCUUGCCCUUCAGAGAGCGCGCAGCCCACAGCCACAGUUGCCGGUCACCGUCGAAUUCAGAAGAGCCGAAGGAGAUCCACAGCGGUCAAUACCUCUUCGCUAGAGAAUGCUAUUCGAGCCGGCCGAGACGCUCAAAACGAUCCCUUCACUGUGACACGUACGUCGACCGAAAAAAGCGGUAGCAACGAAGCGUCGCCUUUGUCCAGUGCAAGCUCAACUCCUCGUUUACUCCCUACGCAGAGUGGUGCAUCGAGCUGCUGCAAUCCCCAGCCGGCACAGCCGUCCGUCCCGUUGUUUCCAGAGUCAGUUCCGGCCAAGUCCUGCUGCUCUGGUUCAAAAGUCCAAUCUAACACUAUACCGAGUAGUGAUCAGCCAAAUGUCUACCAAUCCUUCGGCCAACAGUACCAGUCUCAAGUCUCACCUCAGUUCCAAGCAUCACAGUAUCAAAACUUCCACCCGCAUGCAUCGCAGCCACUGCCAGCCACGGUCCCCUUCGGUCUUGGUGCUCCCAUAUACAAUCAUGCAGCAGCAGCAUAUCAGCAACGGGGCUUUAUCCCAAUAAACCCUGGCAUGAGUGAUUCCACAGCCUCCCAUACCACUAAUCUUCAAGUUGGUCAGCAAGUUCCUGAGCACAACUGUCACUGUGGAGAGUCGUGCAGCUGUUUUGGCUGCGCAGCGCAUCCAAACAAUGCUACCAUGACGGAAUACGUGCGGCUCAUGGCCCAAUUCCAGUACACUGGCGGAUACGGGGCUAUGUCUCCACCUCUAUACGACAUGCCCACUUAUCCCCAUCAACCCAGAUUCGGGGUCGACGCGUAUAGUUCAAUGCCUCGGGACCUGUCAGCACCCACUCCGACCAACAUGACCUUUCAACGGAGCAUAAAUAUGCCAAUCCAGUCAAUCACGUCAAUGGAUGUUUCCGGACCAUGGCAAAACCCUCCUGUUUCUACAUCCGGAGUAUCUGAGGCUCAGUACCUAGAGCCACCUAGCUAUACAGCAUCAAAUCCCUUAAAGGGUCAGGUCCUAUGGAAGUCGGAGGAGCCCGCAGCGUCACCUAUCGCCGAAAGCCCAACUAGCAAAGAGGAGGAGGCCCCCACACUCUCGCCUUCGUCCUACUUCUGGAACCAGAUGGUCCUGCCUGGCUGCAGUGAUGCCACUGGUACUUGCCAGUGUGGCGACGGCUGCGAGUGCGUUGGUUGCCUUACGCAUGGCGGUCACACCGGUGUUCCCCUCGAGACUCCUGCAAUCAGCAACCAAGAUCGCUUUCCUGGCUUCACAACAAAUCUUGGCCUGCCUCUGGAUGAUGAAACGACCCCGUUCAUGCCGUUCAACCCGGCUCCAACGUGA